UGACGGAUGAACAGCUACCUCCAGCUCAAGUGCCGGUCCGAGCAGCAGGUGCUCAACGACCUGACCAAGUGCGUCGCCGCCAAGGACUACACGUCCAAGCGCACGGCGGCGCUCCUCCACGAGCUCACUUUUUUCCACGUCUCGGUCGUCGCUGACGCCGACGGCUCGAGCGCAUACGUCCACGACUCGGUGCUCCGCGACCUCUCGACGCUACUUGUCAACAUCAAGGACAAGAAGGAAGACCAGAAGCUCGUGCGCAUCGUCCAUGUCCUUUUGCAGCACAUUGCGCAGCAGAUCCAGUUUGCGCAGCGCCUCGCCGCCACCGACGCCUCGGCCUCGAGCAUCGCGCGGUCGACGCCCCGCGGCGACAACACGGGCGCAAUCCUCGUGCAGCUCGCGUCGCUCUUGGACGUUGUCGCCAAGAAUGAGAUCAACCACCCGUUUCCGCCACGACGGGUCUCGGCGUACAAGCUCUACACGGUCCUCUGUGCGACGCUGCACCAGCCCGAGCGCUGCUACAGCCUCGUGUCGGGCAUCGCGUCGUCGAGCGCCUGGACGAUGCUCAAGCUCACUAGCGCCAAGAAGAAGACGGACAAGGAUCUCCCGACCCAAGUUGCGCUUCUCGAUGCGUCCUUGCAGGUCGCACGGUCGCUCCGUCAGACGGCGCCGCAGAUCCUCGACCCGCUCCUUCCGCAGCUCAUCGCGGGCGCGUUCCUUCCGAGCCGGCACGCCGCGGCCACGUGUCUCGCGCUCUUUGAGACCAAGCCGCUGCAGGUGGUCGACGCGCUCAUGGCACACGUCGGGUCGGCGUCGGUCUCGAUCAACACUCCAGACGCGAUCACGACCUGCUACCUCCUCAAGCUCUGCGGCAAGAUCGCGCGACUGCCCGUGGGCAACCGCGAGGCCAGCGCUGCCGCCGCCAGCCUCCUCGACAUGAACUUUGACGCGCCGCGCGAGCCCAAGGCCGCAAGCGGCCUCGCGAUUGAGCAGCACAUUUCAACGCGCGUCACUGACCUCCUCCUCGACGUGUGCAUGCAAAAGCACACAUUCGUGCUCUCUUCAGCACCCACCGGUUCCGGCCCGCCGACGCUGGCGCCGUGCAGCGUGCUUCUCACUGCGAUCGAAGAAAUGACGCGCGGCCAAGUCGCGCCAAAGUGCUUUGAGAAGGUCCGCGGCGGCUUGAGCCCGUUCGAGAUUGCGGCCAGCGGCAUCCAGCUCGUGCUCACGACCCACGGAACGAGCCCGCUCGUGCUGCACCGCGUGUGCCGGGCCGUGACCGCGGUCGCGUCGUCGUUCGACCUCGCGCUCAUCUCGUUCUCUGCCCACCACUUGGACUUUUUCAGCAAAAUCACCGAGGCGAUCUGGGCCAUUGCCGAUGCGAUCACGACCUACGCGCCGUGCGUGCUCAAGGAAAGCCUCGUCGCGCUCGUGUGGCUGCUGCCGCGGCGAGCCCCGCCCCGAACGGCGUCGCAGGCCCACCUGGCGGCGACGAGCACGAGCUGGCCCGAGCUCUUGCCGCAGCUUCUCGCGUUGCCACCGACGGCUGUGUCGCACCUCGACCGCGAAGCCAUCGUGCGCGCACUCUUGGCGCGUGCGACGCUCGUCGACGUCGACCCGACGCUUCUCGGGUACGCCGCCAGCGUCCUCCAGCACUGGUACGAGACCUCGCCCCGCCAUUGGCACGGCGACGUCUUCCAAUCGCUCUGGGAAACGUACGUCUCGAGCGACACGUGCUUUCGGCCCAGCGUCUUUGAGAGCCCGCUCGCCGUGCUGGAUUUCCACCAAAGCCACGGCGAGGAAGACCGCGCGACGCAGGCGAUGCAGUACACCAAAUGUAUUGCGAUCCACUUUCUCACAUCGACGCCCGUCCUCUUGGACCCGAGCUGCGCCGCCAUGUGCUCGGGCGUUAUCUUGCGCCUCGCCAAGCUCGCGACACUUGACGACUGGCCAGUGCGGCGGUCCGCCGUCGCGGGACUCCUGCGACUGCAUACUGUGCCACGCGUGCCGCCGGUCCUCGCGAGCUUGCGUCGGCACGCGCCCACGCACGGCUACGCCGACCUCCUCGUCACCGCCUAA